UGAUAAUUUUUGGGAGGAUUCUUUUGUAAAUGAGGAUGGAUGUAUAUGUUUGUGGAUGGGGAUGAAAGACACAGUGUUUGGGACUCCAAAGACUACACCAAAGAAGAAGACAGUUAGUAAGGGAACCACCCCUAGAAGAUCCCCAAGGCUAAAUAGUGUGGAUAAAUCAGUUGAAGGUGCAUCAAGAAAGCUGAGUUUCAUGGAUGUGCCCAUGUCCAAACAUUCUCAGGCUAGUAGCAGUGGUUGCAGUCAGUCAAAAGCUACAAAUGAAGUUAAGUUUGUUGAAGAUGUGGACAAUAUUCAGCUGGAAAACACCAAAGAAGAUGAAUGUCACCCAAUUGAGAAUCCAGAAGCUCCUCCAGUAUAUGACAGUGAUGAAGACAUUGAGUAUGGGUCAGAUGACGAAGAACAAGAAGAGAAAGAAGAAGAAGAAGAAUAAGAAGAAGAAGAAGAAGGAGAAAAAGAAGGCAAAGAAAAAGGUAAGGAUGUGGAUGAAAGACCUGCUUACAUGGAUGACUUUGAUGAUGAUUUUGGUCAGUACAUGAAGGGUGAGCAUGAUGUAGAUCUUUUCCCUGAAGAAGAAGUUUUUACUCCAGUAGAUCCUAGCAAAAUGGAGGUAAAAACUAGAUUUGCAAAUAAGGAAGCAUUUAAGAAACAUCUCAGGGGUUAUUGUGUUCUUAAUAAGUGUCAAUAUAUUUUGGAUAGAAGUGCUCCCUCUAGAAUUAAGGCUGAGUGUAGGUUUAAAACAGAACAUGAUUGUCCUUGGUUUGUGUAUGCUAGCAAGAAAGAGGGUGAG